AUGUGCCGGAACCAGGGCAAUAUUAUGCAUGUCAGCAGCACAAGGGACACAUUCGGUACUCUCCUAUGGAUCACGGAUGUGCCCAGCAGCGGCAACGACCCUCACCAUCUCGGUCCCUCGCUCGAUGGCAAGACCUUGGUUGGAGGCGGCCUCCUGUCUCUGCUCAAAACCCAGGACACGGCCUUCUACUUCGACACGACCAACCCCUAUCGCCCCACGUUCAAGAAGAGCAACCGGGCUCUUCUCUCCUCGAUCGCCGAUGAGAUCCGCGCGAAGCCCGAUGGCGGUUUCUACAUCACGUACAUGGGCUCGGCUGUCGGCACCUCGCCCGGCCGCCUGGUUGAGACCGAUGCCGACUUCAACAUUAUCCACGAAUGGCCCCAGGAUGUGGAGAGCACGCUGAACAUUCUCGGCGAGCAGUUCAACCCCCACGGCCUGAGCAUCGACUGGGAGAGGAAGAACAUCCUCACCUCGGACUUCGUUGAGCCGCGAAGUCUUUCGAUCAGGUCGUUAAUGAACGUGCAGGGUGGCGGUAUCCAAGAUGUCAAGCACAUCCCUGGCAACCCUGAGGGCGCUGCUCUCGCUACGGCCGUCCACCUGGGCCAGGUCUGGAUCAUCUACCCCGAGCGCAAGGACGCCCACGGCAAGCCCGGCGUUGCCGAGCUGCUCUUCGACCUCGGCCCCAAGGCCCGGGACACCGUCGCCAUCUACGCCUGGACAACCCCGACGAAGGAGCAGCCGACCAUCGGCCCCCACUACGUCAAGGUCACGCCCGACCAGAAGCACCUUGUGGUCACCGACUACUUUGUGCAGACGGGCAACCUGGGCCUCAUUAACACGCCGGCCGACUUCAAGGCCCUGUACGUCGACAUCCUCGACGACGGCAGCCUGAGCUUCAACCGCUCCAUCGAUUUCCAGCGCGAGUUCGCCAACCGCGGCGGUGCCAAGCCGCACUCGAGCGUCAUUUUCGAUCUGACUGAUCCCGAGAACCCGCUCUACUACUAG